AUGGUUGGAAAAGAAGUUAAGGUAUCUACCCGAUGCAGUAGGUUUCUGGUACCAAUUAAGAAGCUGAAUGACAGCACUACCAGGAUUAAGCGCACUUUAAAAGAACAAAUCCCGGAUGACAUCUUUAAAGAGUACGACAAAAGACAGAACCUUAAGUACAAGAAAAUAUUUAAUUCAGUCAAACAACAGAAUAUAAGGAAGUUUGAUAACUUGAAUAGUAAGGAAUUGCAUAUGAAUUUUUUUAAUGAUAAUUCAAAAUGGUUUAAGAAUCUUUCAAAUAUUGAUAUACCUAAAGAAAUCGCCGAUUUUCUAUCUCUUGGACCAAGGUUUGGAAUACCUUGCCAAAAAAACGAUAUUAAACUGGACACGUUCCUCGCAGACAUAGAGAAUGUAAUUGAAGCCAUUCCAGAUGAAUCAAAAGAUACAUUAAGAGCACGGGUUACAAAUAUUACAACAAAUUUCUUACAGGGUUCGAAUAACAAUAAACCAACAACUAUUAAUGUAUUAUAUAAACAAACCAAAAGCUUUCUAAGUAAAAAUCCUGAAUUGUAUAUAGUACAAUCGGAUAAGGGAGGGUGUACUGUCGCUAUACAUAAAGCAGAUUAUAUAGAGAAAACGCAGGAAUUAUUAAAAGACAGUCAAACCUACAUUGAAUUAAAGAAAGACCCAACCAGUUCAAUACAAACGGCUUAUAAUAAUCUAAUAAAGAAAAUUAGAAACGCGAAAGAAUUUACCGAUGCGGAGGCAAAGAAUCUGACCAUCUAUAACUCAGUCACCCCUAAGCUGUAUUGCUUACCGAAAAUACACAAAGAGGAUAUACCAUUUAGACCCAUUGUAGCUUCAAUAAAAUCCACUACAUACAACAUUUCAAGGCAGUUGGCUGAUAUUUUAAAAUUGGCUUUUGAGAACAGUAAUAAUUAUAGCGUUAAAGAUACUUUCGCAUUUGUGGACGACAUACAAACCAAAAGAGUUCCGGACGGCUAUGUAUUGAUUUCCUUAGACGUAAUAUCAUUGUUUACUAACAUACCAAUGGAGUUAGCACUCGAAAUCGUUGACGACAAGUGGGAACAAAUAAAAAAAGUCUCUAAGAUAUCCAAGGAAAAUUUUACAAAAUUAUUACAUUUCAUAUUCGAUAAUACGUAUUUCAUUUUCAACAACAAAUUUUACAAACAAAUCUACGGAACUCCAAUGGGUUCUCCCAUUAGUCCAGUCUUAGCCAAUAUGGUUUUGGACUACACAUUUGAUAAGGUGCUAACUAAAUUGCCAUUCAAAUUUCCGUUUUUGUACAGGUAUGUCGAUGACAUUAUUGCUGCAGUCCCAAAGGAUUCCAUCGAAUUAACAGUGAACAUUUUUAACUCAUUUAAUGAGAAAAUUCAGUUUACGGUCGAAUGUGAAAAAGAGAAUAGCGUUCCAUUCUUAGACACAAGAUUAAUAAGACAGGACGAUGGGGAAAUCAUACUGGAUUGGUACCAGAAACCUACUGCAUCGGGUAGAUACCUUAACUUCUUUUCCAACCAUCCUACAUCGCAAAAAUACAAUACUAUAAGAGCCAUAAAAAACAGAGUGAGUUAUAUAUCACACAAAAGUUGA